AUGAAGUGUAAUAAGCGGUUAUUAGUAUAUUUGAUAUUUCAGGCAUUACUGAUGAUCAGUGAAGCUGGAAGAAAUUCCAAACCAAAAAAUCCAAUGUCUCCAUUCCCGGGGUCAGGUCCUGGUACUAGAGGAACUAGUUCAGGGCGAACUAAUUCUGGUAGAGCGAGUUCUACUCAAACCAAUGUUAGAGGGAAUCAAGUUUCGGGUCCAUCGCACCCAAAUAGAGCUCCAGUUCAACCCGCAUCAGUUGGGGCUCUACGCUGGUUCAACUCUCAACCUCCUGCUACAUUACCUUUGAAUAGACCUCAAGCUUCUGGUCCUCUGGAUUGGUCCAAGUUUCCAUUUUCAGAAACUGCCCCAGGAUCUGGACUCCAGCUUGGACCUCAUAAUUCAGGAACUGGAUCCCAGGUCAGACCUUAUAAUUCAGGAAGUGGACCCCAGGUUGGACCUAAUCAUUUAGGAAGUGGACCCCCAGCCAGACCUCAUAAUUCGGUAACUGCACCCUGGUCCAGAUUCCAGACCCCAGGAACUGAAUACUCGUUAGGACCGCAUACUCCAGGAACUGCACUCUCGGUCAGACCUCAUGAUUCAGGAGCAUCAGCCUCACAUGAACCACAAACUCCAGAUCACUCUUCGCCUGGUACCUCUCAAAUGGGUUAUCCUCAUUUUCUUAUAAAUGAUAAUUACCCUGGACUCAAACCAAAGCGUACUGAUUUCGGAGCUGAGAUAGGAAGAUUAGACAGAUCGUCUUCAGCUUCCAGCUCAAGUUUAGGAUAUCAUUCAGGUAGUAGAUCAUCGAUAUCUUCAAUAAGUAGCACUAAGGUUGAACCCGUUGGUCUAAAAACUCCUGGAAGUACUGCAAUUAUGGAGUCAGCUGCGCACCCAAGUAAGUGUGUGGACAAGACUGAAACGACACCAAAGACUAUUGCGCCUGCCGAGCACUGCUUUGACUAUUUUAAGUUUGCUGUAGCUUGGAAUCCAGGUAUGGCGUACAAGCUAUGGCUCACACGCUACAAGAUUCGUACCGAUAGAAUUCACCAGUCAUGA